GUCUGGCUGAGGAAGAUGAAGGCAGCAGCAACCACAAACCCCUGGGACCAAGAACUGGAACUAGAUACUGCCUGUUGUGGUAACUCUCUCUUCAUCAUUCUGGGCCUUUCCUUUUUAACCUCUCCCCUCCGGCCAGCCUAACGCUCUCUCCACCUGAGUCCGAGUCCACCCCUCUCUUUCAGCUCCACUCUGCCCAGUAUCGCCGAGUGCCCCCUCCCCCCAAAAACAGGCAGCUGCGCCGCGACUGCCCUGUCCUUAGCAGAGGUGAUGUAGGGGGUCCUAGCGCCACCAGCGUUUCCUUGCGAAAAUGAGUGGAAUCCAGCAUUAUAAAUGUCUCUCGAACUGUUAGAAACUUAAGAGGAGGGGACGGGGGACGGGAGACGAGGCAAGCAGGGGGGACAUCUACCAAGUCUGCUCUGCGUGGGUCUAUGUAGUUCGUCACGACAAAGCAAAAUUUAGACAAAGCAACAGAGCCUUUCUCCCCUGCUGGGAGCUCCACACAGCUCACCCAUCCCCUGGGUAACCUCCCACAGGAGGACGCCUUCCGGAGCGCGCGUGUUUACACUUUCCCUAGACCGGGUGGAGACAGACACUUGCGGGCUCAGGGGGGAUUCCAAACCGUUACUCCGCCCGUCGGGGUGGGGCCAUCCAACGGCCGAGCUUGCGCAGUGGGCCUGGCCGCCUUAGAGUCCUGGCGCACUACGAGUCCCAGAAGGCAACGCUCCGAGGGGGCGGGAGGGCGCCUUCCCCGCUGCAAGCUUAUUCUCCGGCUCCCACCGCUCCCCUACCCCGUUCCCGUCGGGCUCCUUUCCACAGUUAAAAACUUUCUCUUGAAGCACACGAGCAGCUUAGCAAGCUCGACGUCGAAGCAUUUCGCGUACUCGCUCUAUCUUUCCUGCCCGAACUAUGCCUGACUUCUUCAUCGGAGUUGGGCAGUGGCCGGGAGAGAAGAGAGUCCUCGGAGGCCACAGUCCGGGCAACCCGGUCGUACUUCCGCCUCCUGGGCUCCGGAAGGGAGCGCGCACGCGCUUCGAGCGACUCCGGAGCGGUUGACUUCCGCUCCCACUGUGCCCUGCGAGCAGAAUCAUGGAUCACACUGACAAUGAGUUACAAGGCACUAAUAGUUCAGGAUCAUUGGGUGGUCUUGAUGUUCGAAGACGAAUUCCUAUAAAGCUCAUCUCCAAACAAGGGAACAAAGCCAAAGCUGCACCUCGAACUCCAAGGACUAUAAACAGGAUGCCUGCAAAGGCUCCACCUGGUGAUGAAGAAGGAUUUGAUUAUAAUGAAGAAGAACGAUAUGACUGUAAAGGGGGUGAAUUGUUUGGAAAUCAGCGAAGAUUUCCUGGACAUCUUUUUUGGGACUUUCAGAUAAACAUCUUAGGUGAAAAAGAUGAUACGCCAGUUCAUUUCUGUGACAAAUGUGGAUUACCUAUUAAAAUCUAUGGACGAAUGAUUCCAUGCAAGCAUGUAUUUUGCUAUGAUUGUGCUAUUUUACAUGAAAAAAAAGGAGAUAAGAUGUGUCCAGGCUGUAGUGAUCCUGUGCAGCGAAUUGAGCAGUGUACACGAGGUUCUCUCUUCAUGUGUAGCAUUGUUCAAGGGUGCAAGAGAACAUAUUUGUCUCAGAGAGACUUACAGGCUCAUAUCAACCACCGCCAUAUGAGAGCUGGAAAACCUGUUACCCGUGCUUCACUUGAAAACGUUCAUCCUCCUAUUGCCCCUCCACCAACUGAAAUCCCUGAUCGAUUUAUAAUGCCGCCAGACAAGCACCAUAUGAGCCAUAUUCCGCCAAAGCAGCACAUCAUGAUGCCACCACCUCCUUUGCAACAUGUGCCACAUGAGCACUAUAAUCAGCCUCAUGAGGAUAUCCGUGCUCCUCCAGCAGAAUUGUCCAUGGCUCCACCUCCACCUCGUUCAGUCAGUCAGGAAACCUUUCGUAUUUCAACAAGAAAACACAGCAAUUUGAUAACUGUCCCUAUUCAGGAUGACUCAAAUUCAGGUGCUAGAGAACCACCACCUCCUGCCCCAGCACCUGCUCACCAUCAUCCUGAAUAUCAGGGUCAACCAGUGGUAUCGCACCCUCAUCAUAUUAUGCCUCCACAGCAACAUUAUGCACCACCCCCACCUCCUCCACCACCAAUAAGCCAUCCAAUGCCACAUCCUCCCCAGGCCGCAGGUACUCCUCAUUUGGUUUAUAGCCAAGCUCCACCUCCACCAAUGACCUCUGCUCCACCACCAAUAACCCCUCCCCCUGGACAUAUUAUUGCCCAGAUGCCACCUUAUAUGAAUCAUCCUCCUCCAGGACCUCCCCCACCUCAACAUGGUGGUCCACCUGUAACUGCACCCCCUCCUCACCAUUAUAAUCCUAGCUCUUUACCCCAGUUCACUGAAGAUCAAGGAACUCUGAGCCCUCCAUUUACACAACCAGGGGGAAUGAGUCCUGGUAUUUGGCCUGCACCAAGAGGGCCGCCUCCUCCUCCACGAAUGCAGGGUCCGCCUUCUCAGACCCCACUUCCUGGACCACAUCAUCCAGAUCAGACAAGAUAUAGACCGUAUUACCAAUGAUAAUAGUAUUUUGAACUGAAGAUAUGAUGAGGAAAAAAAAACUUAUGUAUAGUCAAUCUUUUAAUUAAGCUUUGACUGCUUUGGGAAGGAAAAGCACCUAUUACUGAGGUGACUAUAAAACACUUAGGGUCUUGUCUCUUAAAAUGGUUUUAAAUCUUGACCUUAGAAUUGAUUUCAAGUACUAUACCGUAGUGCAGAUAAGUGGCUCAGAAGAGCACAGCUAUAUUUUAACAACUUUAUUCCCCUAGUGUGGUAAAUUGACCCAGAGGUGACCAUUUGUAAAAAAAAAAAAAAAAAAAUUUGCAUAAUUUUUCAUUGUUCCACUUUCCAAAGUACUGCUUUUGUUAAACCCAAUGUUUAGUUUUUCUUGUGAUACAUUUUGUUAACCUGUGUAAAAGGAUUAAAUUUCAAUAUGGUUGUAAAAUUGCUAUUUUUAUGUGAAUUUAAGUGCAGCCACAUACUGUUUUUUAAAACCAUAUGUUUUACCACUAAUUUCCCAAAGUUACAAUAAAAUCCCUAAAAGUAAAAAUCUACUAGAUUUUACUGUAAGGCAGACUGUUAAAUGGUAAAGAAUUAUUUCACAUUUUAGGCACUGAAAUUUUGAGGUAUAUUAGAAUAUAAUGCACUUCACUUGGAUGCCUUUUCAUUUUUAGGCAACCUCAGGAGCACCAAAAUACAUUGGAAUUCCAGUACUUGGACAUAUUUAUGUUUGUAAUCUUAAAAGGCAUUACUAAUUAUUUAGAAAGAUAGGGCCAAAGUGAUCAACUCUAUGCCCCACGCUGUUGCGGGAUGCUAUUGCUCAUUAAUGCUUUUUUACCGAAUGGUUAGAAUCACAUGAUGCACCACACUCAAUAAUCUUGAGUAACAUUAUAUUAUAGAGCUGUUUAAAUGCUGUUAUUUAGAUGAUGUGUGUUCUACUCUGCUCAUUGUCUUAAACAUUUAGGGCUGAAUAGGCUUUAUAUAAUUCCUCAUUUCAUGGUAGAGUUUGAUCCUGUAUUUAAGUGGGUUCUUGUUUAUUGGGUUUAAACUAUUAAUUUAAAUGCCAUGGAGGAUUUAAAUACUGUAUUAAUGAAGGACAUUCUUGUAAUCAAAAACUUGCAUUGCUCAGGUUUCAUUACUGUGUGAUAAGGGAUUUUUCUCUUAAUUUGAAAUAUAAAAAAGUUAUAUCCUAUUUCCUUUUAUUGGUCAGUCUAAAACUUGGAAUAUUUUAGCAUGGAGUCUACAGUGAAGACUACCAGAUGAUUUUGUAUUGGAGAAAAGUUAAUGACUAAAUUGAAUUUCAAUGCUAUAUAAGGUGCCUUUAGAGUCAGUUUUUGCAUUAUAGGGGCUUGUUACAGCCCAGCUAAGAUGACCACUUACAGUUUAUACAGAAUUCAUAUGUAUAAAUCAUUCUUGGGAUAUUAUUAUAUAUCCUUUGAAUAAACCCCUGUGAAGUAUUUCCUCCCCUCUAAAAUGGUGCAUAAUAUAAACAUGAAAUGUGUAGUAUGCAGAUAUCAUUUAUUAAAUAGUUUGUAGUGUAAAUUUAGGACAUUUCUUUUUGACAAAGGGUGAACUGAUUGCUAAUUUACCAUUUAAUUCUGUCAGGUACAGGCAAAAAUAAUAUCUCCUCUUGGAUAUCAAGAUACAAAGUCAUCUGUGACAUUAGAGCUGAAGUUAAACGUUAUAUAAAUGGCCAUUUCAGUCUUGACUAGCCGAAUAUAACUAACACACUAUUUUUAAGUUAAGUGAUUUUUUUCACACAUAGCAAUCUGAGAGUCCAGUGUUAAUGCAAUAUUUCUAAUGAGAAAUUCUUGUUAUUAGAAGCAUGGGAGUGAAAUAGUGUGAAAUGUUGGUGGUGAGUGCUUCUGUCAUCUUACUGUAGGUACUUGGACUGGUACAAACUUGAUUCCCUUUCAUGCUCCUUUCUUGGAGGUGUUAAAAUAUUACUGUUGAAAACUCAAUACCAUUCUUUGUUUGGUGUAGUAAGAAAAUAGCCAAAUUCUAGAGCUUCUUGGCUAAAGAGCUCUUCAGUUUUUAUGAAAAUUCACUAGAAUUGAAUGUGGUAUGAAACCACUUAGCCUAUGUAUUGGACAAAAAAAUUAGUAUCAUGAUAAAAUUCCAACAAGCUAAAAGAAUUUUUAGUCUUAUGGAAAUGAUUAUUUUCAUUUAGGUUUAAGAAAUACACAUUACGCAGGGAGGCAGAUCAGAUGAAUGUGUUGUAGCAGACAAAAUUUUUAAAUGGUGUUAGACUUGAAUUCAUCCAGUUAUUGUUUGAAUGAGGGUGGGUGGGUAGAAGAGUAACACAUUACUGUUAGUGUUCCUUUCCUUAAGAAAAAAAGAUGUGAAUCCCCAGCCUUAUUUCAGGGAAGCCUUUGAAGCUAUGAUGGACAUAAGUCUAAAUGUAUGUAUGUUUCAUUAUAUUGCUCUUAAGACUACUGAGGUGGCAGUUUAAUUCUUAAAAACAAUAAAAUGGAAGCAUAAAUACUA